UGCGCACUGGCCGCCAAGUGUAUCCAAUGCGCAGCGUUCCAAGUUCCAAGGCUGGUGUUUGCGGCCGCUCAGUGCGGAGUGGGACACACAUGGCGAAGCGAGUGGCGGUGGUGAGCGGCUCCAACAAGGGCAUCGGCCUGGAGGUGGUGCGGGCUCUGUGCCGGCACUUCGACGGCGACGUGUUCCUCACCGCCCGGAACGCGGGCCGCGGGCAACAGGCGCUGCAGAAGCUGCAAGAGGAGCAGCUGAAGCCGCUCUUCCACCAGCUCGACAUCGAUGAACUUGAGAGUAUCCGGAAACUGCGAGCGUUCAUGCUGCAGAAAUACGAAGGCAUCGAUGUCCUCGUCAACAACGCCGGCAUCGCCUUUAAAGAUGCCGACACCACCCCGUUCGGCACCCAAGCUGAAGUGACCAUGGCGACCAACUUCUUUGCGACCAGGGAUAUGUGCACGGAACUCCUCACCGUCAUCAAACCUCACGGGCGAGUGGUGAACGUGUCCAGCAUGUGUGGAGCCAGUGCAUUGCAUCAGUGCAGCCCGGAACUGCAGAAGAAAUUCCGCAGUACAUCCAUCACUGAGGACGAGCUGGUGAAGCUGAUGCAGCAGUUCGUCGACGACGCCAAGAACGGCGCUCACACCCAACAGGGGUGGCCUUCCUCGGCCUACGGGGUUACCAAGCUGGGCGUCACAGUCCUCUCCAUGAUCCAUGCCCGAAGACUGAGUAAGGAGAGAGCAGCGGACAAGAUCCUGCUGAAUGCCUGUUGUCCCGGUUGGGUGAAAACCGACAUGGCUGGUCCUAAUGCACCGGGCACGGCAGAAGAAGGUGCCGUGACCCCGGUCUACUUGGCCCUUCUACCAGAAGGUGCGGAAGGUCCACAUGGACAGUAUGUAAGCGAUAAAACUGUUCAGCCAUGGUAAACAUGAGGAAUUAGACACUUAUUGCUCCAAAUACAAUCCAUUUAAUUGAAUUUAAUACUUUAUUGUCACAGUUCCUUGCUUGCAUGCCCAUGUAGUCACCCAGAAAGGGCACUUACAAGAUUACAAAUUCUCCCUCCGUGCCAGGUCCCCCUUUGUUCUUCCCCCCCCCCCUCAUCAUUCCUUCACGACGGUGUCCCCCCCCCCCCCCCCCCCCCCCCCCCCCCCCCCCCACGCCGGGUCCUCCUUUGUGUAGGAAAGAACUGCAGAAGUUGGUUUAAGUCGACGGCUACAAAUAUUGUGAUUCUUAAGAUAGACACAAAAUGCUGGUGUAACUCAGCAGGAAAGGCAGCAUCUCUGUUGAGAAGGAAUAGGUGACGUUUCAGGUUGAGAUCUUUCUUCAGACUGCUCAGAUUGUGAUUCUUGAUGAUUUGUUGCUCUAUAAUGGAUUUGUUACCCUUUUCUCCCCCGCAAUAAAGAUUAGUUACAUUGUACAAA